CGUCUGGCCCCUGCCACUCGCCAUGGCGACCGCGCCGUCCUCGCAAGUGCGUCAGAACUACCACCAGGAGUGCGAGGCCGCCGUCAACCGGCAGAUCAACCUGGAGCUCUACGCGUCCUACGUGUACCUCUCCAUGGCCUUCCACUUCGACCGCGACGACGUGGCCCUGAAGAACUUCGCCGCCUACUUCCUGCGCCAGUCGCACGAGGAGCGCGAGCACGCGGAGAGGCUGCUGAGGCUGCAGAACCAGCGCGGGGGCCGCAUCCAGCUCCGCGACAUCAGGAAGCCCGACCUGGACGACUGGGGCAGCGGCCUCAACGCCAUGCAGUGCGCCUUCGACCUGGAGCAGAGCGUCAACCAGAGCCUCCUGGAUCUGCACCGGCUGGCCACCGACAAGGGCGACGCGCAGCUGUGUGACUUCCUGGAGAGUCACUUUCUGCAAGAGCAGGUGAAGGCCAUCAAGGAGCUGGGCGACAACGUGACCACCCUGCGCAAGCUGGGGGCCCCGGGCGCCGGCCUGGCCGAGUUCUUCUUCGACAAGUUCACCCUGGGUGACAAGGAGAACUGA